GCAAACAACCGACCGAGGUGAAAAGUUUCUCUUAGGGAAGAGUCACACCAAAGAAAACACAUAUACACAUAGGAAUAGAUAAAAAUUACCAGCCAAACAUGUUUUUCUGUUUCCGUUCAAACUCAAUUCGAAUUUCGAAAACACUGUUUUCCUCCGCAUUAAGUGGCGCUAUUCGUGCACACGCCACGAAAGAUUCCUCUGUUCCUCCUGUUGUACCUUCUGAUGAGUGUGCAGGUAUCUCGACAGACUUACACGCAAAAAAACCCUCCGACUUAAACGUGAAGGAGCUGCCACAGCAGCUGGAAAACAAAGUGGGCAUUGAGUGUGAUUUCGAUCUUCGGUUCACGGUGGAUUCGGAUGAUUCAUUCAGGGAUAACCGCGCGAGGAGUCAUGAAGAAACCGUCGAGCAUAAGCGGCGGCGGUUGAUUUACCAAUCACAAUAUCGUGGAAUGGUGGAGAUGGAUCUUAUCUUUGGUCAUUUCGCCCGCUGCAAGGUGAUGACGUUGCCGGAUGAGCUCCUCGACGAGUAUGAUAUACUGCUGAGGCAGCUUGAUAAUGAUUUGUUUCAGUGGUUGGUGAUGAACCUUACUCCGCCGGAUGACGUUAACAGGCUGAAAUGUUUCCAUGAGCUGAAAAAAUUUUUAGAAACCGAAAAAAAAGAGCUUUUGGGUAGUUUUUAGGCGUUUUUAAAUACAGUAAGAAUAAAGUUAGUGUACACUCGCCUGUCGUGUACGUUGUUUUAUCGUCUGGACUACCCCUUCCCGUAUUCUUUUUGGCAACUUCUCAGGCUUUGUAUAUCGAAUCGAAGUGCGGGGAAGAUAUAUUCUUACUCUUUAUCUACAAUUUAUCAUAUCAUAUCUUUAUAAAACGUCAUUUUUUUUGCCGAAUAGUGCUAAUAAUACUCUCUCUUUUCUGACUUUCUGUAUGAAUGUUUUUUUCUCCACUUCUCUUUACACUAAUUACUCUUCUGCUUUUGUGUCCCACAUCUAUGCUUAAAUAGGCUUCUUCACAGCAUAUUUUUACUCUCUGUUAGUGCUGAAACCGAAAUAAUUCUUCAACUAUUUCCUCGUAAUCCAUUUCUUAUUAUAACCUAUAGUAUCUAUAUAUUUUCUCCGUCGGAGAGAAAAUUCUUAAGGGAUCUGCUUUCAUUCAACGUGCAUGCUAGUCGUUUUCCAGGCUCACCUGACAAGCUAAUAUUAACCCUUUUAAAAAA